AUGCCGUCGUCUCCGCAUCCAUACCGUGCUGCAGCACAUCAGCUCCAACACCCUGAACAUGCAUCUUACUCGCCAUCGCCGCGCGCAGCUCCACUCUAUGCCCCCGCAGCACGCUCCUCCCACGUCUAUCGUAGCGCAUCCAAUGCGUCCAGCCCCGAAGCGUUUAGCGAUCAUGAUCUGGCCAGGAAAGCCCCCAGCCCCUCCUCCGCCAAAGCAUCCACAUCUCGUCUAUCCUCAGUUGCAUACGAUGCCGAUCUACCGCGUCGUCCAUCGCCCACGAAACGUCGCAAACCGUCGGAUGAUUUCCCCGCUGUCGCUCUCGCUCUCGCUUCUUCUGCCAACUCGCCCUCCAGCGCCACCAAGAAUACUUCCACCGACGCUUCAGACCCAAAUGCGCCUGACUCGAAACCCUCAACUAGGGUUGCAAAGGCGUGCCAUCCUUGCAGCACCAAGAAACGAAGAUGCGAUGGCCGACAACCGGAAUGCUCCGUCUGUCAGGUCUUGGGCACUCCUUGCACCUACAAUCACACAGGCCUCAAACGAGGUCCCCCCAAAGGCUUCCGCUCGGGACCCAAAGAGUCGGCGAGAGCCAAGCUUGUGCGUACGCUCGAAACAACCAUCCGCGAUCUCGUCAAUCACCUUGGCAAACGAGAUGCAGGUGCCGAAAUCGUUCGUGUCUCAGGAGAGCGCGAGCUACCCAUUGCUGAAUUUCUGUCCACCGACGCAGAGUAUGGAGAGGCAGCAUCAGCUCACACACAGCCAAGAUCGAGCACCGACAUAGACAGGCGCGCGAGCUCGAGGAUCAAGAUCGAACAUCUCACUUCAGAUGCCACCACCAGUCGGUUCAACCCUUCUCGGGACUCGGAUGGUGGUGAGGACGAUCCUGCCGCUGAGGCCGAAGAGGAUGUGAUUGGUGAAACGCGACAAGGCGAACUCGUCUACCGCGGAUCGAGUUCUGGAAUCGGCAUUUUGCAACGCCAGCAUCGCGCCGAAUCGCCCUCUGCGAUGGGUCUAUCCGCUAACCGCUCAGUAGCAUCGAGCUCAUCUGCACCGUUUCGGCCUCGAUCUGGCGACAACCAGCUUUCGGCCGACGGUGCAGCACAUGGAAAAGCGCCUGUCUUCUUGCCCAAAUCGUCUCCGAGAUCACCGAGACCUGUCGGAGACGUCGAGACGUUCAGCUCUCACGAUCGCUCUCCUCGUGUCAGCAAAACUACCUGUAGAAAGGACGCCACCAGUUUGUAUCCCGCAACUAGUCGCGAUGGCUACGCCUCGACCAGUCAUGUAUCCAACGAGGAUCCGAUGGUUUCGGAAGAAGAGAAUGAUCGUCUGUUUCGGUACUACUGGCAAGGCUUUCACCCAUUCUAUCCGAUCCUGUACAAGCCGUGGUUCAGCGGCUUUGCACGCGAUGAGCUUCGGGAGAUGCUUGAGCCAAGCCUUCUGUUUGCCAUCUAUGCGAUCGCAGCAUGCGUUGUCCCCGGAAAUGCGCUUCAGAGCUCGGCGGACACAUUGGGCGAAUCGGCGCACAAGCUCAACCUGGAACGUGCACAACUCUUCUGCCAAGCAGCCGAAAGUCGUGUUCUUGCCAAACGACUGCGACCGGACAUUGCAUCCAUCCAGACGUGCUGGCUGCUAAGCCUCUACUCGCAUGGCACCGGUGAUCUAUCACGCGCAUGGAAUUUUCAAAACCUCGCCAGUUCCAUGGCGGUCGACAUGGGGUUGCACAGAUGGCCUAUCUACCGUCCCGAGAUCGUGCAGGAUCGUGUACAGCGCGAGACACGCAUCCGCGUCAUUUGGCACUGCUACAUUGUAGAUAAGCUGCUCUGCGCCGAGAUGGGCCGUCCUGUAGGUCUGCGUGCUAAGGACAUCGACGUGCCGCUCCUAUCGGAAACGGAAGAGGAUGAGUUUGAGCUGUGGUCCGAUCAGACCGAGAUGCAGUCCACUGCACACCAAGUGGCAACCGCUGCGCCUUGGCGAAGGCUGCACGCUCCGUCAUGCCUGAAUUGGGGGGUGCACUUGUUCAAGAUUGUCGAACGGAUUCUGGACGAGGUUCACUCGCUGCGACGAAAAGCAUUGCUUCGAAGGCAGGGAAAAGAGCAGGUGCUGGCCGAGCUCGACCGACAGCUGACCGAGUGGAAGCACAAACUGCCACCGCAUCUGCAUCUCGACGACAGCACUCACGAUGGGCCUUUCCCGAGCUUCUUUGCUCUCAACUUGUGGUACUACACGGCGCGACUGUUGCUUCAUCGACCGUUCAUCCCGCAGGAAGAAGGGCUAGCCAUGUCCAAGGUGCUCGAAAACGACAGUCAUCGACAAAGCACGCUCGCCGCCAACACCAUCUGCGACUUGUUGGAAGCGUCGUCGCGAGACAUUGUCGAUCGACUCUCGACGGAUCUGGGCUACUGUCUGUUUACCGCGGCAGUCAUGUUUGUAUUCAACGCGCGAUUGCCGGAGCGCAAGAUUGCGUCGGACGCCAGGAGGAGGUACGGACUGUGCAUGCAGUGGUUGAAAAAGUUGGCUGACACGUGGCCGGCUGCAUCGGCGCAUCGAUUGCUGCUGGAUGGGUUUGCUGUUGUAGGAGAAGACGCUUCGAAGCAAGGCGCAGAUGCGCAGCGACGACGGCCAAGUAUUGCAGCGCUGCAAGCGGCUAGUUCGGGCGCCGGCAUGGCUACCUCUUCGAAAGUAUCGACUUGGAUCGCCGAGACCGAAGGUGCGCUGCAAGAGUCUAGCGUGCACCCGAAUCUGGGCAUUGCAUCGUCUCAAGAUCGAAAGCCUCUGGCGACGACACCGUUGGGUCAGCAGGGUCAAGCCGGUCCGCAGAACAACUAUAACAACAUGCAGCUUUCGGCCAACAAUUGGAACCAAUUUGCCCCGGGCAUCUUUGACGUCGAGUCCUUCUUUUGGAACGAGAAUGCGGCCAACGCAUCUGCUUUGAUCGGGGUCAACUUGCCACAGCUGCCAGCGACAGGUGGCCAGGCGGCGGUACCACCGCAAGCGGGGCUGCAAGCUAUCGCGUAUGGUGGGUUCAACGGAGGCCUGCUGGAUGGAGGCGGUGCAGGGGGAUUUCCGAUGGCCAACACGAUACAGUCUACACCCACAUCGGCAACUGGAGGCGUACCGUACUCGAUAGGCUACGCUGCGCCCCAAUCAAGUAUGGUACCAGACAUGGACUCUGCGCAGCAACAAAGCGCGCAGAUGUCUGGUGUUGCUGUUGGAACCAACGUUGCAGUGGCUGCAGCCGCUCAGCCGGGCACACAAGCAGCGCGCACGCACGAGCAGCAAGCGGUCAACACUUCGCCGUUUAGCUUUCAGCCAACCAACCAAAGCUUCGGUGAAUUCUGGAGCAUGCUUGAGUUGCCGCCUGCUUUCCUGCAGCAGUAA